AUGGCGCGCUCUGCAGUCCCCACCCAGAUGAUCAUCCUCCCCAUCCAAGGGGCGGCUCAGAUCGACAACCUCUCUACAAAAGAGGGCCAGACAUGGUCUCAGAUUCUGGAUAUUCUGGAGAGCUGGGCUGGUUUCCGCCGGCUUUAUUGGGGACGCCAUGUCGAGGAAGGACAUGUGCACCUCCACAUCGGUAGGAUUGUGACAAAGAUAACCGAGCAAGCAACUGAUAAACAAAGCUAG